AAAAAAAAAAAAUCUUUUUUUCCAAAAAAAAAACGAGAAAAAAAAAAUCAUUAAUAAUGACGGAUACGUUACCAACCAUAUAUCAUAAAAAAAGACCAGGUAUCAAAGAAGAAGCAAAGGAAACUUUGCAUCAUUUACCAACACAUACUGCAAAUUACGUGAAAUCAUUAUUCCCUAUCGCAGGAUGGAUAGGACGUUAUAAUCUAAUAUGGUUAGCCGGAGAUUUAAUUGCUGGUUUAACGGCGGGAGCAGUUGUAAUUCCACAAGGAAUGGCUUAUGCAAAAGUCGCUGGUUUACCUCCUGAAUAUGGAUUAUAUUCUUCAUUUGUGGGUGUAUCCCUUUACUUCUUAUUUGCUACAUCCAAGGAUAUCACUAUUGGACCUACAGCUGUGAUGUCGUUACUUAUUGGACAAAGUGUUGCUGGCAUACUUGCAUCACCUAAUCACCAAUUUAGUGCUAUUGAGUUGGCUUCAUCUUUUGCUUUGUUUUCGGGAAUUAUUUCACUUAUUCUUGGAUUGCUCCGUCUUGGAUUAGUCGUCGAUUUUAUUCCUGCUCCUGUUAUCGCUGGCUUUACUACGGGUUCCGCCAUAACGAUUUCGAUAGGACAAAUAGCAAAAUUAAUGGGAAUACCAAAAAUUGUUACCACUGAUCCUUGUUAUCUUGUAUUAGGAAGAACUCUUGCUGCUUUACCAAAAACUAAUUAUGAUGCAAUAUUCGGAUUCAUUUCUCUUAUUUACCUUUAUAGUGUAAAAUAUGGUUCAAGAUACGCUGCAAAAAGAUGGCCUCAUCGUGAAAGAUUAUUCUUUUUCAUAGAAAUUCUUAGAAACAUUACUAUAGUUAUUUUUGCUACAAUAGUUUCUUUCCUUGUUAAUAUUGGAAAAAAGACAAGCCCUAUUAGUAUCUUAAAGACCAUACCUUCCGGAUUACAUGUUGGAGUUCCUAAUGCUGGUAGUGAUAUGCUUAGCGAAUUGGGCAGUAAAUUGAUUAGUGUAACAUUUAUUCUUAUCUUGGAACAUGUUGCCAUUGCAAAAAGUUUUGGAAGGAUUAACAAUUAUAAAAUUACUGAAAGUCAAGAAUUUAUUGCUAUUGGAGUGACCAAUGCUAUUGGAUCAUUCUUUCAUGCGUAUCCUGCAACGGGUUCAUUCUCACGUACUGCCAUUAAAUCUAAAUCUGGUGUACGUACUCCAUUAGCCGGUGUCUUUUCUGGUAUUCUUGUAAUUAUUGCACUUUAUUCAACAGCUGCUUUCUAUUAUAUUCCAGAUGCUACUUUAUCUGCCGUAAUUAUUCAUGCUGUGCUUGAUUUAGUAGCUAGUCCUCAUUAUAUCAAACAACUUUGGAAAAUUCAAUUCUGGGAUUUUAUGGUCUUUUUAGUUGGUGUGGUCGUUACUUUUUUCACUACCGUCGAAUAUGGAAUCUACUUUUCAGCUUUACUUGCGAUAGUGGUUCUCUUGUUAAGAGUAGCGCGUCCAAGUUUUGAUUCAUUAGGACAAUUAUCUAUAACAACAAAAGAUGGUGAAAAAAGACACGCAUACGUUCCAAUUGAUCAUCCAUCAUUCGAAUCAGCGAGUAAUCCACCAGAAGGUGUACUAAUUAUUAGAUUUAGAGAAUCACUCACAUAUCCAAAUUCAAAUUAUAUUGAUACACAAGUUGUUGAAUACGCUCGUACAAACACGAAAAGAUUUUAUAAACAAGCAGAAAAUAAAGGUGAUCGACCAUGGAAUGAACUUCCCCAUAAAUCUGAAAAAGAAGAAGAAGCUAAAGCAACAAAACCUAGAUUAAAUGCAGUUGUAUUUGAUUUAGCAGCAGUUAGUGUUAUUGAUUCAACAGGGAUACAAGCAUUAUCGGACAUUAGAAAAGAAUUAAACAAACAUGCGGAUCAACAAGUCGAAUAUCAUUUCGCCAACAUUAUUAAUGAAAGAAUUGAAGAAAUUUUAUUACUUGCAGGUUUUGGUAUCUUAAUUGAUAAUGAAAUAAUAAAUGAAAAGGUAGAUGAAGAGACAAGCACAGAUGUAACACAUAUUUCAACAAAGAAAUUCUUCCAUUUAACUAUUGACGAUGCUGUUGCUGCGGCAACAAAUACAUCUUUUUAAAUUUUUUAAAUUUAAUGAUUUUUUUUUUUUAAUUUUUUUUUUCUUGUAUUUUUAACGAUUUCAUAGUUUUUAAAGAUCAUGUUUAACAUCACGUAUAUUAUUAUUAUAAUGAUUAUUUGCAAUAUAAUAAUGCAUUUUUACACUUUUCAAAAUAAAAAUAAAAAAAAAAUAAAUAAAUU